CUCUGUGGGCGGGGCCAGGCUGUGGGCGGGGCCAGCGGAGCAGCGCCAUGGCUCCGGCGCUGGGGCUGGGGGCGCUCCUGGGAGUCCUGGGGCUCCUGAGGACCCCGGCGGGGGCGGCGGAGGUUGUGCACUCCCUGCGUUACCUGCGCGUGGCGGUGUCGGAGCCGGGCCCGGGGCUGCCCCGGUACGUGGCCGUGGCGUCCGUGGACGGGACCCCCUUCGUGCGCUACGACAGCGAGCGGGGCCGGCUGGAGCCGCAGACUCUGUGGAUGGCGGCCGGAGCCGAGCCGGGAUAUUGGGACACCGAGUCCCGGAUCAACGGGAGGUACCAGCGAAAGGACCCCGCCCACCUGGACAUGCUGCAGAUCCGGCACAACCAGAGCGGGGGUCUCCACACGCUGCAGCGGGAUUGUGGCUGUGAGCUCCUGUCCGACGGGAGCGUCCGUGGAUCCUAUCGGGAAGGCUACGACGGACAGGAUUUUCUCUCCUUCCAGUUGGGAUCCAGGAGCUUCGUGGCGGCCGACGGCGCUGCCCAGAUCAUCAAGAGGCACUGGGACUCUGAUGGGAUCACAGUGGAGAGGUUGACAAAUUUCCUGGAGCAGACCUGCCUGGAAGUGCUCCAGAAACAUGUCCAGUAUGGGCAGGAGGUGCUGAAGAAAAAAGAGCCUCCUGACGUCCAAGUGUCCGGGAAAGAGGAACACGGGAUCCUGACGUUGUCCUGCCGCGCGUACGGGUUCUACCCCGGGGUCAUCGAGAUCAACUGGCUGAAGGGGGAUGAAAUCUGGGAUCAGGAGACGUGGUGGGGCGGGAUCGUUCCCAACAGCGACGGCACCUUCCACAGCUGGGCCAGGAUUGAGGCGCUGCCGGGGGAGCGGGAGCAGUACCGGUGCCGGGUGGAGCACGCCGGAAUGCCGGAGCCCGGGAUCUUCGCCUGGGAGCCGGAAUCUGGCUGGAAUCUCAUCCCAUUGGUGGUCACAGUGUCCGUCAUCGCUGCCAUCAUCAUCAUCGGUCUCAUCCUCAUGGGAUUUGGCAUCUGGAAGCUCCGAUCUGGGAAGAGGGAGAGGAAGAGAUGCGUUGCGGCCAAUGGAACAGACAUGGGAACUGACUGCUCCCUCACAGGUAUGGAGCAGGAUCCAUGUGGUAUUCCAGAGGGAAAUUGGGGCAGGAUAGAUGGAGCAGGAUUGGGACAGGAUUCCAGAUCAGGGCAGGAUUCCAGAGUGGGAUCAGGUGGAAUUCUGGGGUGGGAUCAGGGCUGAAUUCUGAAGCAGGAUCAGCUGAGAUGGAUGGAGUGGGAUUGGGUGGGAUGGAUGGAGUGGGAUUGGGGUGGGAUUUCAGAGCAGGAUUGGGAUGGGAUGAAUGGAGUGGAGUCAGAUGGGAUGGGUGGAGCAGGAUGGGGUAGGAUUCUGGUGCAGUUCCUCCUCUCUGUGGGCUCCGCAGCUGGACCCAUCCUGUGGGAUGGGCACAGGGACAUGGUGACUCUGUCCCCUACUCUUGUCCCGGCAGGAAUCACCGCCUGAGUGAUCCAUGGUUACGGUUCCAGAGGUGCCAAAAAUAAGAGCUGUUCCUGUUGUCACUCCGGUUCUCCAGCAGUGUUUCUCUUUCA